UUAUCAUGUGACCACGAGAAAACAGUGCAAAUGACCAUAAUGUAACACCUAGUUCAUUUACGCAGCAAGUUACCUAAAUGUCAGAGAGCUGCCGAUUGUUAUCGUGGUGGGACCUAAAUGCUAGUUACCCGAUCUACUGUAAAGGAGGUGAAAAACGUGGUUGCUUCUAAAUGUUAAACAUCGAUCUCCUAUAAAGGAGGUAACAAAAUAUAUAUAUUUGCAUAUUUGAGUCUCUAGGCCACGAAAUCUCGUGUAACUUGACGUCCAUUUGAAAGUGAAAGUCAAAAAUGCAGAAGUCAUGGGUCUCUGUGAAAAAUGUUAAAAUGUAGAAAAAUAAAGGUUUGGCAGGUGGUGACAGUUUGUACAAUAGAAUGGCUACAGCAAACUUGUUUAAAGAGGCUCAAGAUGCUGAAUUAGAAUACAAAGCUAGGAAAGUGACAGACAAAAUCUCAGAAAAUAUGAAUGUUAUAGCUAAUGAGCCAUCUUUAGCCUUCUUCAGAAUCCAAGAACAUGUGAGAAAGUCUCUACCUCAGCUUGUAGAAACUAAGCAUGAAGUUCAAGACAUACAACAGAAGGUACAGGGUGCAAGCUUCGACACAGAAUAUGCUACAAAUGCAGUGAAGAAUUUACAGAAAAGUAGUAUGCAUUUCCAAAAUAUACAAGAUCUUAUGAAAAAUGCCAUGUUUAUGAAGCAGCAGAUAGAUUACCAACAUGACAGAAGAGAACAGGAGAAAGUGAGAUCUAGUAUGUACAUGUCCCUUACUGAUGAGCAGCUCCUGUCUGAUAGUCAGUCACAUGACAAUGAGCCACUAGUAACACCAGUUAAUGAGCCAGUUGAACCAGUAGUAGAAGCAUUAGUAUCACCAGGUCAAUUUAGUGUAAAUUCUGAUGCAUCAUGACAAAAGUAUUAACAGGGUGAUGUGCAAUAACAUUCCAUUUAUUUAUUGUUGUUAAGUAGAUAAUUGUUUUGUAUAUAAAUGUCAACAUUUCAUGAAUAAAUAAACUAUUAUUGUUA